CGGGCGCCCGUGGGCGGCCCCGUGUCUGACGGACCCACGGGCUGACGCCGCGCGCCGGUCCGCAGCGCGCGGCCGGCAUGGCAGCGCCGAAAAACCCUUCGCGGGUGCGGGAGCGGGCGCGGGUUCGCGCCUCCGCCGCAGAAAGUGACCAAGUUCACUCCUGGACACUAGUUACAAGCCAGGCCCUAGAUACUGCCUGGAGAAURGCAAAGGGCUCUGUGAUGUUGGCAGUUUCACUGUUGGUGGCCACCCUCUGCUAUUUCAGAAGGCUGCAUUUAUAUUUAGAGCACUGGCUGAAAUGGUGGAUUGGAUAUCUCCAGAGAAAAUUCAAAAGGAACCUCAGUGUGGAGGCGGAAGUUGAUUUACUCAGUUAUUGUGCAAGAGAAUGGAAAGGAGAAACACCCCGUGCCAAACUGAUGAGGAAGGCUUAUGAGGAGCUCUUUUGGAGACACCAUAUUAAAUGUGUUCGACAAGUAAAGAGAGAUAACUAUGAUGCUCUAAGAUCAGUGUUAUUUCAGAUAUUUAGCCAAGGCCUCUCUUUUCCAUCCUGGAUGAAAGAAAAAGAUAUUGUUAAGCUUCCUGAAAAACUGCUGUUUUCACAAGGUUGUAAUUGGAUCCAGCAGUAUAGUUUUGGUCCUGAGAAGUAUACAGGUUCAAAUGUGUUUGGAAAAUUACGUAAAUGUGUGGAAUUAUUGAAAAUGCAGUGGACCGAAUUUAGUGGAAUUAAAGAUUAUCACAAGAGAGGAAGUAUGUGUAACAUCCUUUUUUCUGAUGUCAUUCUGGAACAUAAACUUUAUGAAGCUUUAAAGUUCAUCAUGCUAUAUCAAGUCACUGAAGUUUAUGAACAAAUGAAGACUAACAAGAUCAUUCCCAGUCUUUUUAGACUCCUGUUUUCCAGGGAGACAUCAUCAGAUCCUUUGAGCUUUAUGAUGAAUCACUUGAAUUCUGUAGGUGACACGUGUGGAUUAGACCAGAUUGAUAUGUUUAUACUUGGAUACUCCCUUGAAGUAAAGAUAAAAGUGUUCCGACUGUUCAAGUUUAACUCCAGAGACUUUGCAGUCUGGUAUCCAGAGGAGCCUCUCAGGGAGUGGCCAGAGAUCUCCCUGCUGACUGAGAAUGACCGUCACUAUCACAUUCCUGUCUUUUAAGUCUGCUGUGGGCGGGGCACUGGCUCUUGUCAAAGACAGCSGUCACACAAGUAAAGUAUUUCUCGGAAACCAAAGCUAGUGUUUCAGCUAUGGAAGGAAUCAGGACCUUUUUCUCUGGAGUUCAGGUACACUGGGUGCAGGAUGAUUUUCCUGUAUUUUUCAGUGAUUUCCCCUGGAACAGCUGCACUGAUUUAUUUGGUGGUUGGUGGUUUGACCUUGUUUGUAAGAGGUUCGGCAACUUCACAUAAUGGCAGGCCUUUAAGCCACAAGGAAAUUUAGUAUGGACAACAGAAAAAAAACAAGAAGAAAAAAUGUAUGGAAAAAUUGCUAACCUGGAAAGAGUUUCUUCAUCUCUGACCUUUGUGUUAUUAAGACUCUCAUCUUGGGCUGGUUCAAGAUUGUCAUAAACAUGCCAUAUGUUGUAAGCAUCACCUUCAUGGGAAUCUUUGUUAUAUAUUAAUUUUCUAGAACCAUUUGAUUAACAUUAAAAUUAUGUGUAUAUGUAUAUAUAAAUGUAAACAUUAUAUAUACAUAUAUGCACAUUUGGCACACACCCACAAAUAAUCACUACUUUGUAAUAUUGUAUAAUUUGUUUUAUGUAUUACUUUUUUUGUUACUGUUAUAUCUGGCCAGCUUAAUUGGUUUUAUUUAGAUAAAAAUGAUAAAUUCUAUAGAUUAAGGCAACUGAAUGAUAAUUACUGAACUGUCACAAAAAUAUUAAACUGUAGUAUAUUUAGCUUAUAUCUACAUGUGUAUGUAAUGACUGGAAACUCWUUGUGGUAGGCUGAAUAAUAUGCCCAGACACAAAGGUAUCUUCAUCUUAAUCCCAGAACCUGGGAUUAUGUUGGGUUAAAUGGCAAAGGAGAAUUAAGGUUAUAAUUGGAAUUGAGAUACUAACCAUUGACUUUGAAAGGGGGCAAUUAUUCUGGAUUCUCUAGGUGUGCCUGGUGUCAUUGAAAGGGUCCUUAAGAGUGGAAAAGGGAAUCUGAAAAGUGUCAGUCAGAGGAGAAUGUGAAGAGGAGUCAGAGAGAUGCACAUUGCUGAUUUGGGAAGAGGAAGGGGAUAUGAGCCAAGGAAUGCAGGGCCUUUGGGAGCUGGGAAAGACCAGGGACAGACUCUUUCCUAGAACUUCCAGAAGGAGCACAGCCCUGCCAACACCUUGAUUUCAACCCAGCAAGACCCAGGUCAGAUGAAAUCUGCAGAACUCUAAGGUAAUAGCUUCAAUGGUUAAAUCACUUGAGUAUGAUGUAAUAUGUUACAGGAGCAACAGAAGCCUAGUAUUCUCAGAUUGACUAAUUUUUAUUUUAUUUGGAAAUACUUUUUUUAGUCAUUUUGGAAAUCUUUAUUUUGGAGAUGCCUUGCUCAUCUCUUGAAUUUCAAUAAAUUCAAAAUAAUUUUUAAAAUCUUGUAAUGACAUUUCACUUCAAAAUUACAACUUCCUUUAUGACAAAUAAGUGACUUACUUAACAACAUGCUUGGCACUAACAUUAUCCCAUGAUUGUAUUGUUUCUUGAAUAAAUAAAAAA